AUGUUGGGUGACGAUUCUCAUGAUCGGGCGCCUGUGCCGUCGAUUGACGAGCUUCCUUUCCUUCGUGCUGAUAACGAAGAGGCAAAGAGCGGCCUACUGGAUGCACUUGAUAUGGCCGAGAGGACUCGACGGGAGCAGCAGGGCUUGGUGGUGGAGUAUCUACGACAGCUUGAGUCUGCUGCGUUCAGUGGACUCCAACAGAACGAGUCCGCACGCGCUCGUGCAGGACUUGGUCCCAGUCGUCGUCAGCGUCGUCGACAGGGUAUGUCGGACUUUGAGCCGUUACAGAAGAGCGAGGAAGGUCCAAAGGGAAAUCCGCCGGCAGGUAAGCCUUAA